GGAAGAGAGGAGGAGAGAUGAGAAGCGCUGCUGCAGAACACACCUCAUCUCCUCUUUAGCUGGAGGGAUAGAGGGAGAAAGGGAGUCAGUCUGUGCCAAUUUUCUCCUCUGCUUCAGAGACAGAGAGCCAGGGAAGUCAUAUUUCAGGAUUCUUAGCAGAUAAACAAAUGAGAGGCUGAGAGGAAGAGGAGAGACAGAAGCACCCAGGCAUGUGAAGAAUCUGCAGAAAACAAAUGAAACAAAUGGAGAAAGAAGAAACGACAAGCAGAGAUGUAAUUGAUGCGUCUGCUGCGAACAGUGAACGACGUCUACAAUAGUCCUCCACCUGUGGCCAGGAUGUGAGACGGAUGUAGACCAAAAGGCCAUCAACCAGCCAUCACCUCCCAGCAUGCUGUGAACAGAAAACUCACUCAAUCACAAAUAUACUUGUUAGAAAGGAGGCUCUGUGAAUGUCAAAGAAUACAUUUUUUUGUUUCUGUCAGAAGUCAGUUCGCCCUCAAGAUGUUGUACUAUGAAUGAGGACAGUGAACCCCCUGUUGCUGCUGUACAGUUACAGUCCACUCACACAUCCCAGGUCCACAUGAUUCAUCUCGCUGCUCAAUAACAAACUCCUUCACACUUUGUCUGAGUCAGCUCCAACAACCUGCUGGGAUUAUGAGGCCGGCUUUAGUACUUCUACAGUCGCAGUGUCUCUUGUGUGUGCUCAGUGGUGUGUGUGUGCCCGCUGUCGUGGGUUCACUUCCUCCCGCAAUGCCGUGGCACGUCUACUGCCCCGCCAGGUGUGUGUGUCAGAUCAAGCCAUGGUUUUCCCCCGAUUCCGUCUAUCACGAAGCUCCAACGGUGGACUGCAACGACCUUCUGUUGACGAAGCUCCCUGCGCCCUUACCCGCAAACACACACACCCUCCGCCUGCAGAGUAAUCUGCUGUCGGCGCUGGACACCGCAGCACUGAGCGGACUCUCAAACCUGACUGACCUGGACCUUUCCCAGAACCGCUUCAGCCAUGUGAGAAUGCUGACUCAGAGUUCUCCGCUGCCUUCUCUGCUGUCUCUGCACCUGGAAGAAAACCACUUGAGUCACCUCCACAAUGCUUCCUUCUUGUCACUGCCAGCUUUGCAAGAGCUCUUUCUAAGCCACAAUAAUCUACAUUCAAUAUCACCCGGAGCCUUCAUUGGUCUGGACUACCUGCUACGUCUUCACAUCAACAACAACAGACUCACCACUGUUGACCCGCAGUGGUUCAGAGCUUUGCCUCGCUUGGAGGUUCUUAUGCUUGGUGGAAACCCAGUGGACGCCCUGCCUGAGAAAGGCUUUGUAGCCCUGAAAUCUCUCCGGAGCCUCGUCCUUGGUGGUAUGGGUCUGAGAGGCUUGGCAGAAAAAGCCUUGGAAGGCCUUGAAAACUUAGAAAGCCUUUCCUUCUAUGACAACCUUCUGCAUAAAGUCCCAACUCAAGCCCUCAGGAGAGUGCCUGGACUGAAGUUUCUCGAUCUAAACAAGAACCACAUCAGAGUUAUCGAGACAGGAGACUUCCACGGUAUGGCCCACCUGAAGGAGCUCGGUCUGAACAACAUGGAGGAGCUGGUUUCCAUCGAGAAAGCUGCCCUGGACGACCUCCCCGAGCUCACCAAGCUGGAGAUAACCAACAACCCUCGUCUGUCCUACAUCCACCCUCAGGCUUUUGUCCAGCUGAGCCGUCUGGAGAGCCUGAUGCUCAACUCCAACUCUCUGAGCGCCCUCCACCACCACAUCAUGCUCUCCCUGCCAAGUCUUCAGGAGGUCAGCCUCCACUCAAACCCUCUGCGGUGCGACUGCCUGUUUCACUGGGUCACCAAGGACGGCCCCCAUCCUCAUACAGAGAGGAAGAAAGACACGCAAACAACUCGGGCGGUGCGUUUCAUCCAGCCUCAGGCAACACUGUGUGCCGAACCUCCAGAACUGCGAAAGCGCAGAGUGAGGGAAGUGUCCUCGGGAGAGAUGUCUGCAUCCUGCCUUCCCACAAUUCCUGCCAGCUCCCUUCCGUCCUAUGUGGGGGUUCAGGAAGGGGACAAAGUGCUGCUGCACUGUCGAGCUCUUGCAGAUCCACAGCCUGAGCUGUACUGGGUGACCCCUUCAGGUCUGAGACUGGCAGCAUCGACGAAAAACAACUCAAAAAGCUCAACGACCACUGAUUUCUGCAUAAAUCAAACUACUUCAGAGCAGUCAUCUGGCAGAAGAGUCCUGCAGCUGCAGCCUCACGAUCCCUCUCCAUGCCAACACCUCAAACACUACAAGCUCCUGCCUGAAGGGACUCUGGAGAUCAGCAAGGUCUCUCUCAGUGAGGCAGGAUUGUACACCUGCGUGGCUGAAAACGCACUGGGAGCUGAUACGCGCAGCGUUACUGUGGGGGUGCACAGCAGAAGGAAAAAUAGAAAGAAGGGGGCGGCGACUAAAAAGAGCACAUUUCAAGCAUUCAGAGCCGACGCCAAACUGGAGUUAAGAGAGGUUGGAGAACAUUACGCUGUCUUGUCCUGGCAGAGCAGACACAAUCUUCCCUCAACUCGCCUUUCCUGGCAGGUCAUUUUCCCCAACUCCCACAUGCCAACGUACACCACGCGCAUCCUCGCUGGCACACAGAGCUUCAACCUGACUCACCUGCAAGAGGGGACGUUUUAUAAAGUUUGUCUUCACUUAGGGAUCAGCGACAGACACGUCAGUGUUCUUCUAAAGGACAGCAGGAGGCCUCGGUGCGUCUCAUUCAGGACGAAGGAUCUCCCGGAGGUUCAGGUUGGCCUGCAGCUUGACCCCCAGCUGACCUCCACAGCCGUCACGCUCCUGCUCCUCGCCCUCAUACUGCUGCUGGCAGGACAAGGCUGGGACAGCGAGCCCGGAGACGCCAUGAAGAAGUCCCAGCAUGCCGUACAUCAAGCCACUCAGGCUUCCAAGACUCUGGUCUUCAAUCAAAAGAUUCAAAAAGAUCCCCAACAGCAAAAUCAAAGUGAGAAAUGUCUACUGCAUCAAGUCUGCUAAGAUCAUCGUGUACAUAUCAGUGAGGGCGGAUGCACUGACAUGACAAACUUUGCUUCUCAAAGCAAGAAGACCGAAAUCACAGACUAUGUUGCAGAGACAGAUUUGUAUUUAUUUUCUAUACAGUAUAAAGUAUAUAUUGACAUUGUUUGUGUGUUGUAUAGAAUGCCUAUUCACUAACCAGGGAACAAAAAACUGGACAAUCACUCUCCUGCUGCACAGUGAAUAUGCAUGGGAGAGACAGCCCAGUCUGAGCUGCCAAGGACCACUGAACUGAAACUAAACCGAGCUUGAUGCAAUCCAGGAACAGAUAUUUACAGAGGAGAGAGCAGCUCAGACCUCCAGAGAAUUGUCCUGUUUACCGUCUACAUGUUUCCACAGACUGAAGCCUACUUUGUCCACGCUGAUGAAAAUCUGCCUUAUGACUGAUGUGGACUGAAACUGCUGUUCGUUUGGACGAUGUGCGUUAAAGUAAUUGAUGUAAGAAACUCUCUGCUUUGCUCUCACUACAAUGCAGUGCUUACAUAUGAGGUAUACUCGGCCAGAUCCCCAACGUAACAUCUCAUAUUUUGUUUUAAAAUAAAAGUGAUUUCAAAGUGA